AUGUCGCAACCCGCUAUUGAAGGGCUUGCGGUGGGCCUUAACAAAGGGCACAAGGUGACGAAGAUCGACCGUAAACCACGUCAGAAUCGACACAUCGGGGCUUGCAGCAAGAAGGCAAAGAUUGUGCGUGAACUUGUCCGCGAGAUCACUGGAUUUGCUCCGUAUGAAAGGCGUGUACUCGAGUUGCUGCGUAUCUCCAAGGAUAAGCGAGCCCUAAAAUUCCUCAAGAAGCGAGUGGGAACCCACCUUCGCGCCAAGAAGAAGCGUGAGGAUCUCCAGAGUGUUAUUGUUGCCCAGCGUAAACACCACAAGUAAACUUGUUGUUGUUUUUGUUAUUCAUAAAUAGUUGAUUAUUGAACUUGUUUUGCUC